CGAGAUCACAUCUCCCUCUCCUAGUGAGAUCUCGCGAGUUUUUCCUACUUCUCCAGAACAGUGGCUCAGUAAAGUUUUUUAUGCCGGAUGUCUUAAGAUAUCGCGAGAACUUUACCUCUAUAGUUUCUUACACAUUAUUUAGAAACUCUGGGAUUUAGCGAGAAUAUCUUCUUUCGUGGUGGUCCCCUCAACUUGUUUUUCUGCCUCGGGAGAUAGUUUGUCCUAUAUAUCCCAUGUAUACCAGGCCACUGAAUUAAAACGGAGCGUGUUCGUUCCCCGCCCCGAACUUCUGAGAUGUAACUCUGUUACUUGAUACUUACUUGCCAGAUGCCGAAUUAAACUACGUUUCCCAAGAGCACGCGCAGCCCUAGCCCUUCCUCACCCGCACAGUGUUUAAUUUCAGUGGCCGGAAAAAGACAAUGGUUUCCAUGUCAGCGGAUAAACGCGCUCUCCUUAGCUGCUGGAAGAGAGGGCGGAGGUAGUAGUGAGUGCAUGCAGAGGCACGAGGAAGCUAAGGGAGCUGGUGACCGACAGAGCAAAAGCCAUGCCGCGCCGGGGUCUAGUGGCUGGGCCAGACUUUGAGUAUUUCCAGCGUCGCUAUUUCACGCCGGCAGAGGUUGCCCAACAUAACCAACCCGAAGACCUCUGGGUGUCUUACCUGGGACGCGUGUACGACCUAACGCCACUGGCAGAGGAAUAUAAGGGGAACGUGCUGCUGAAACCCAUCGUGGAAGUUGCAGGUCAGGACAUCAGCCACUGGUUUGAUCCUAAGACCAAAGACAUCCGUAAGCACAUAGAUCCGCUGACCGGCUGCCUGACAUACUGCACCCCACGGGGCCGCUUUGUGCACGUUCCGCCUCUGCUGCCCCGUUCGGACUGGGCCAAUGAUUUCGGGAAGCCCUGGUGGCAGAGGUCUUCUUACGAGGUGGGGCGGCUGUCUGCCAAGACCCGGACCAUCCGCAUCAUUAAUACGCUCACGUCGCAGGAGCACACACUGGAGGUGGGGAUCCUGGAGUCAAUGUGGGAAAUCCUACACCGGUAUCUCCCCUGUAAUGCACAUGCUACCAGCUACACGUGGAAAUAUGAAGGGAAGAACCUGAACAUGGAUCAAACCCUAGAACAGAAUGGGAUCCGGGAUGAGGAGGAAGAAUUUGACUAUCUCAAUAUGGAUGGUUCACUCCACACACCUGCAAUACUGCUGUAUUUCAAUGAUGACCUCACAGAGCUAUAGGAAAGGAAAUGUAUGCUCAUGUAUACUUAAGGCAUAUUUUGAGUAUGGCUUUUUCUGUGCCCUGAGGAAAAGAGGUGGGGGUAGGGGGUGUCUGGACCUAGACCUCCAUUUGCCUCUUUGAACUUGCCUGUGGUUCCCAUGCUCUUCUGAUGUAUAAAGGUCCUAUUCCCCAGCACCAUUACAAUUUUCUCUGAGAAACUUAGGAAGAAUGCUAGAAAUAAAUUAAUUUUUAGGAAUGAUAGAAGAUGAAGUAUCUUGGAUUAGGGAGAUGUAGGAGAGGAUAGUCAGAUAGAGCUCAGGCAGAGCUGUUUGAUAGUAAGAGAAAGAAAAAUUCUACAGGGAUGAAGGGUUGAAGAACCUUUCUGGCAAUGAUGGAAAUGGGAUGGCUGCAGGAAGGGGGGAUUUACAAAGAGAGGAAUAAGAGAUGUCUAUCAUUGACCAUAUAAAACUGGCUUAUUGGGCCAAGCGUGGUGGCUCACGAGGCCUGUAAUCCUAGCACUCUUGGGAGGCUGAGGCGGGAGGAUCACUUGAGG